AUAAUUGCUUAGAUAGGCCCUUUCACGACCUCUCCGUUCCCUCUUCCGCUCCCUUUCUCCAGUUCUCCUUCUCUCGAGCCGCCGCAGCCGCGGCGAGGAGCCCUUUCCUCCAGUGAGAGUCCGCGGCCGCCUCUGGUUCGCCUCCUCCGCCGACGGUCUCUGGCCUUCUCGAAUCGCAGAGUUUCAUCAUGUUGAUUUCCAGCCCACAGAUUGAUAGUCAGAAAUUGAAAAGAUUAGGUGGAAAUCAGUUGUCUUUUACAGAAUGCCUAAGAUAAAGACAAGCCGAGUCAAAUAUCCAGAAGGAUGGGAGCUUAUUGAGCCUACCCUUCGUGAAUUAGAGGCAAAAAUGAGAGAAGCUGAAAACGAUCCACAUGAUGGAAAGAGAAAAUGUGAAGCCCUUUGGCCUAUCUUUAAAAUUGCGCAUCAGAAGAGCCGCUACAUUUAUGACCUAUACUAUCGCAGGAAGGAGAUAUCAAAAGAGUUGUAUGAAUUUUGCUUGGAUCAGGGCCAUGCAGACCGUAAUCUGAUAGCAAAAUGGAAAAAGCCAGGUUACGAGCGCCUUUGCUGCCUGCGGUGCAUGCAGACACGAGAUCACAACUUCGCGACUACUUGUGUCUGCAGGGUCCCCAAGCACCUGAGAGAAGAAAAAGUUAUAGAGUGUGUUCAUUGUGGCUGCAGGGGGUGUGCUAGUGGAGAUUGAUGAGUACUGUCAUCUGAGCAAAAGAAAAGUUAUGUCAGAUUUUUAUAUGUAACGACGUUGAAUCUGUAAACAAAAUGCAAAUGCGAUUAACUAUGUAUCAUUGCAAACUUGAGAAGAAUGUGUUAGUACUUGAAGCGUUUAUUUUUAAUUUAGGUAAUAUGUGGUCAUCCGUUUAUUGAACAAGGGAGUUUGGCAUGGACAUCAAUGUAGUUUUGGGAUCGAAAUGGUACAUUUCGCGGUAUGAUAAUUGCAAA